AGGAUGGAGGAGGAGCUGGCUUGGGAGACCCACGGCUUGCUUCCCCUGGAGAGACAGCUCCAUGAGGCCUCACGUUGGAAUCAGGUGGAGAGGAUGAAGGAGCUGUUUGAGAAGAGGGUCAACAUCAGGGCUAGAAACCACGUGGGCAGAGUGGCCCUACACGGGGCUGCAGGAGCUGGGCAUGUGCAGGCUGUGCGGCUGCUCCUGGAACACGGGGCUGCUGUGGACGACGUGGACUCGUUUGGGAUGAACGCACUCCUCCUGUCUGCCUGGUUCGGCCACUUGCAGAUUGUACAGAUCCUGGUCAAUGCUGGGGCCAAGGUCCACUGUGAAAGCAAGGAUGGCCUGACCUUACUACACUGUGCUGCUCAGAAAGGCCACGUGCCUGUGCUGGCCUUUGUCAUGGAAGACCUGGAGGACGUGACCUUGGACCAUGCAGACAAGCUGGGAAGAACAGCGUUUCACAGAGCCGCUGAACAUGGACAGCUGGAUGCUCUGGACUUCCUCGUGGGCUCUGGCUGUGACCACAGUGUCAAGGACAAGGGCGGAAACACAGCCCUGCACCUGGCUGCCACCCAGGGACAUGUGGAUGUGCUACAGAGACUUGUGGACAUCGGGCUAGAUCUGGAAGAACAGAACACGGAAGGCCUGACUGCUUUGCAUGCAGCCACUGAAGGGAUCCACACCAACUGUGUGAUGCUUCUUCUCAGAGCUGGGAGCAACGUGAAUGCCCUCACCCAGAAAAGGCUGAGCUGUCUCCACUAUGCAGCCCUCAGUGGCUCUGAGGACAUGUCCCGGGCACUCAUCGAGGCGGGAGGGUGCACAAAUGUGGCUGACAAGCAGGGCACUACUCCUCUGCACCUUGCUGUGAAGCACAACUUCCCUGGCCUCGUCCAGCUCCUCAUAGAUGCCCACAGUGAUCUGGAUGCAGUGGACAUUAGGCAGCAGACUCCCCUCCACCUGGCCGCCGAGCAUGCCUGGCAGGAUGUAGCAGAGAUGCUUCUCAUUGCUGGCGCUGACUUAAGCCUGAGAGAUAAGCAAGGAAAAACAGCAUUGGCAGUGGCCGCCCGUAGCAACCAUGUCAGCCUCGUGGACAUGAUCAUAAAAGCUGAUCGUUUCUACCGAUGGGACAAGGACUGCCUUUCAUGCAGGGAUGGCAGCCACCUCUCUAGGAAGAACUUAACCUUUAAACAAGACCAUCGGCAGGAGACUCAGCAGCUCCGCUCCGUGCUUUGGCAACUGGCCUCCCGGUAUCUGAGGCCCAACGAAUGGAAGAAACUGGCCUAUGCCUGGCAGUUCACAGAGCCUCAUGUCUGUGCCAUUGAGCAGCAGUGGACAGGAACCAGGAGCUACCAGGAGCACGGUCACCGGAUGCUGCUCAUCUGGCUGCACGGUGUGGCCACAGCCGGGAAGAACCCCAGCAAAGCACUGUUUGAGGGCCUCGUGGCCAUUGGCAGGAGAGACUUGGCCGAUCUCUGGGGUUCUGAGGACCCCACUAAGCUCCUGAUGAAUCCCAGGGACACCUGCAGUCACCUCAGUAUGCAGCUGUAAACCUGUUGCUUUGAGGCAGCCAUUGUCCUGCCAAAAGCCUUGGUUUUUAUUUAAGGAGUAGGUUCACUAUAGAUCUGGAACUCACCAUGUGGACCAGGCUGGCCUCAUGAACACAGACAUCUUCCUGCUUCUGCUGUGCUAAGGAUUAAAGGUAUGCACUACCAUGCCCACUUACUUAAAGUUUACUAUGUGUGUGAGCAUGUACACGUGACAGCACACAUGUGCAAGGCAGAAGACAAUUUGCAGAUAUGGUUCUCUUCUUCCACUGUGGGUUCUGGGGCUUGAAGUCAGGUCUCGGGCUGGUGUGAGAAGGGAUUUUGCCUGCUGAACCGUCUUGCUGGCCUAAGAUCUUUGCUUUCUGUGAUUAUAGUUAAGGUGUUUUUUCCAGCUUUAUAUCGAUAACUUCCCAUAACUUAAUUUUUUUCAAAAUGUUAAUUAUAGCUUUCUACUAUGUAUGACUCUUAUAAACUUUCUAAUAUGUAGACUGAAUAAAAUCUUACAUAU